GGUGAUGGGGAAGAAGAAUCGGGAGCUACAGGUGUUUCAUGAGAGCAAAUAGCUAAAAAAAAAAAAGAAAAGUUUAGACAUAUGUGGAGAUCAACAUAUAUGACUUUGGACAAGAAUGAGAAAGAGAGAGAAUCUACAUUUGUCAAGAAAGGUAACUGCGAGAGAUCCCAGAAAAGAAAAGUCUCACAGGCCAAUUCCAUAAGGAUAGAGCCAUUUAGAAAACGGGAGAGAAGUAGAUACCAGAAAACUAGCCAACGUAGAUUGUCAUCAGAAUGGAGGCGAAACGGACACUGCAAAACUGAUCUUCAGGGUCCCUCUAGGAAUCUUCUGUAACUCACCGAAACCUACAGAAAAGUUUCCACUCCAGAAAACAUCCACCGGAUUGAUCACACCAUGACAACAAUACUGCUAUAAAAUCUGGCAUUUUAGCAAGGCAAUGCACCUUCCAAGCUCAUUACUCUUCCUUUCCUACCACCCUAGGUGGGCCUCAUCAGUUUCUAUUUUCUUCCUUUUUCUCUUCCUCUCACCAAGCAAAGUUUGGACUGCCACCUUCCGAAUUGGCCUUGUGGGACCUUGGACUUGUGACCCCUUUUUGUCUAAAGCCUUCCCUGAGGUAGCUGCCAAGCUGGCACUCUCUGAUUUAAGUAGAGAUAAAUCUCUAAUCUCUGGACUUUGGUUUGACCAUAUUCUCAUAACUGAAGGAUGUUCUGCCCCUCGUGCUUUUGCGGCCUUUUCUCUCAUGGAACAUUCAGUUGCUGCCUUUGUUGGCCCAGCCAACCCAGGAUACUGUUCUUCUGCAAGCCUAUUGGCAAAAGCUUGGAACAAACCAAUGGUCUCAUGGUCCUGUCUAGGGGUUCUGAGCCCGCUGCCACAUCCAGUCCAUGUUCUCUAUACUGUCUUGAGCUUUUUUCGCUGGGCAGGGGUAGCAGUAGUGAUUGGUCCCCAAGAACUAUGGGCCGGAGCAGGGAAGGAGCUGGCUGAUGCUCUGCGUAGCUGGGGACUUCCGGUAGGACCCAUAGUUACCAUGGAUGCAGGUGAAGAAGGUGCAGGGGAGGCUCUGCGGAGGCUAAAGAGAAGGCGGAGAGUGAGAGUAAUCGUUAUGUGCAUGAAAUCUGUCCUCAUCGGAGGUGAGGACCAACGGCACCUUCUUGAAGUAGCCCAUGAUUUGCGUAUGACUGAUGGCUCCCUUGUCUUCAUUCCUUACGACACUCUGCUGUAUAGUCUUCCAUAUGACCAGCCACAUCCAAUUUUAACCAAUAACACCAAACUGCGACAAGCAUAUGAUGCAGUUCUUACUAUCACAGUUUCCUCACAGCAAGGAAAUUUUUAUGACAUGUUUAAAAAUGCAAGAGAUAACCAUGAGGUGCCACAACAUAUUGACCCAAUGGAGGUUUCACCACUUUUUGCUACCAUCUACAACUCCAUCUACCUCCUUGCAACAGCUGUAGAUAGGUCGUAUAAAUCAGGGCAACGGAUUACUGCCAAUUCCAUUGCACGUCAUAUUCCAAACGUACGCCUUAAGGGAUUCGGGUUUCCUAUAGCCCAUGAUGAAGAUGGUGAUUCUGAAACUCCUUACAUAAUCCUAGAUACAGAUGGGAAGAGUGGGCAACUUAUACCUGUAUAUAAGGUCCAUCAAGCAAGAGGUGAACUCAGCCAUAUAAGGGAUAUUCAUUUCCCUUAUGGAUACCGCCCUGGAACUGAUUCUGAUUGCUGGUUUGAUCGAAGUUCAAUCUGCAUUGGUGGGGUGGAUCCAACAUUUGUGCUGCUAAUCUUCAUUCUAAUUUCAAGUUUUGUGAUCACCGGAGCUUCACUCGCCUGCUACAUCAGGAGAAGGAUUCAGCAAGCAAAACAGUUGAAAGGGCCCAAUAAAAUUAUCCUUAACUUGCAAGAUCUGGCAUUCAUCCACACACAGAGCAGGAAGAAGGUGACAGAUGACAGCAAGUCCAGUCUUCUUGGAAGAAGUGUCAGUGACAUGAGGACACCUAGACAUUCCAUAUCCGGAAAAAGCAUGCUAGCUGCUUCUCCGCACACCACCAAUGUAGGGGUGUAUGAGGGUGACUGGGUGUGGCUGAAAAAAUUUCCUGGUGAAAAGCAUGGAGAGAUCCGACCAGCAACAAGAAACGUCUUCCGCACGCUCCGUGAGUUACGACAUGAGAAUGUUAACCUUUACUUGGCAAUGUUUCAUGAUAUGGGGGUGAUCGGUGUUGUAUCAGAGCACUGCUCACGUGGAAGCCUGGAGGACCUUAUUCAGAACCAGGACAUGAAAUUGGACUGGAUGUUCAAAUCUUCCCUUUUGCUCGAUCUCAUCAAGGGUUUGAAGUUCCUGCAUCAUCGCGAGAUUGCUCACGGGCGUAUCAAGUCGCGAAAUUGUGUUGUUGAUGGGAGAUUUGUCCUUAAAGUUACAGACCAUGGAAUUAAUGAUCUUUAUGAUGCCCAAAGACUGGAUUCAGUAGACCCACAACCUGAGGACCUGUUUUGGACAGCACCGGAACUCCUCCGAGACCCUCUAUUCAGUCAGAGAGGUACCUAUAGAGGAGACGUUUACAGCUUUGCCAUUGUAACCCAGGAAGUUAUUAUACGAGGUUCUCCAUACUGUAUGUUAGAGCUGUCUGCUGAUGAAAUAAUACGCAAGGUUCGCCGGCCUCCCCCACUGUGCCGUCCUUCUGUCUCCUUGGACCAGGCCCCUCCUGAAUGUAUCCAACUAAUGAAGCAGUGUUGGAGUGAACAUCCUGAAAGAAGACCAAACAUUGAUCAGAUCUUCGACCAGUUUAAGACUAUAAAUCGUGGACGGAAGACCAACAUAAUUGACUCAAUGCUACGGAUGUUGGAACAAUAUUCCAGUAACUUAGAGGACCUGAUCCGUGAGAGAACAGAGGAACUGGAGGUUGAGAAACAGAAGACAGACAAGCUUCUCACUCAAAUGCUUCCUCCGUCAGUUGCUGAGGCUCUGAAGACGGGUGUUCCAGUGGAACCAGAACAUUUUGACCAGGUCACUAUCUACUUUAGUGACAUAGUAGGGUUCACCACCAUCUCCUCCCUAAGUGACCCCAUCGAGGUUGUCGACCUUCUGAAUGACCUCUACACAUUAUUUGAUGCCAUUAUUGGUUCCCAUGAUGUCUACAAGGUGGAGACUAUAGGUGAUGCCUACAUGGUGGCUUCUGGUCUCCCUAAAAAAAAUGGGAAUCGUCAUGCGGCUGAGAUAGCAAACAUGUCCCUGGAUAUUUUGAGCUCGGUGGGGUCCUUUAAAAUGAGGCAUAUGCCUGAGGUCCCUGUGAAAAUUCGAAUAGGGCUUCACUCAGGUCCAUGUGUGGCUGGUGUGGUGGGACUCACAAUGCCACGAUACUGCCUCUUUGGAGAUACCGUCAACACCGCAUCACGCAUGGAAUCAACUGGACUUCCAUAUCGUGUCCAUGUGAACGUUAGCACAGUCAACAUUUUGCUGUCUUUGAAGGAGGGGUACAAGAUGGACGUGAGGGGCAAAACUGAGCUUAAGGGUAAAGGAGCAGAAGAAACCUAUUGGUUGGUAGGAAAGGAAGGUUUUAAUAAACCUCUGCCAACACCACCUGACAUAAUACCUGGGAACAGUAAUCAUGGAAUAAGUCUGGAUGAAAUCCCUGAAAGUAGGAGGAAAAAACUAGAAAAAGAGAGAGAGAUUGUUAAAAUGCAGAAGAUGAAGUAACUUUUCUGGAAUCCCUUCAUGUUAAGUCACUUCUUGUUGGGAUGAACAAUCCAAAAUGGAAUCUUGGAGACGACUUUUGUUCUCUUGUACUGGGUGUCUUUUAUCUCUAGAAUGUUUUAUACCAAAUUGGAUAACACUCGGACCAAAUGGUCAAGUUCUAGUAUGUGGCUAUGAUGGACUUUGUCUAGUCAUCCUUUAAAGACUCUAUCAACCUGGAAGGAUGUGUCACCAAUGACCUUCUCCUUCACUAUUAGACACUCCGUGGUGGCUGAUAUCGAAAAUCAGGACAUUAUGCACCGUAAUUGGGAUAUGAAAUUCUCCUCAUCUGGAGUGAGCAUUUUCACUGUUAUGACAUUUUUGAAAAAAUGUGUGAAAU